AUGCUGCAGCACUUGCUGCUGCAAGCAGCAGCUUAGGUUACAGAGAUAAGAAGAAAGAGAAGCGUCUGUGCCGCGCUGUUGCUGCUCUACAUUUGUUGGUGUCUAUUGCUGCUUCCGAGUUUGCUGCUCCUGCUGCUGCUGCUCUCUGCUGCAGCAGCAAACUGCUUCGUGCUGCAGCACCUCUCAUCGCCAUUGCUUGCAGCAAAGGAGGUCUUCUUGCUGUUGUCGUUCUUCGUGCUCUUAUGCAAGCAAUUUCUGCUGCUCCCGAUGCUACUGCUGCAGCAGCAGCAAGUGCAGCAGCUGCGGGUACUGCAGCAGCAGCAGCGAACGAGGCAGCAGCAAACAAUGCAGCAGCAGAAAGUACAGCAGCAAAACCUGCCGCAGCAGAACCACAAGCAGCAGUAAAACCUGCAGCAGCAACAACAGCAGCAGAACAUGCAACGGCAACACCAGGUGCUGCAGCAGCAACAGCAGCAGCAGCAACAGCAGCAGAACCUGCAACAACUGCAGCAGCGCCUUCCGCACCAGCAACAGCAGAACCUUCCACAACAGCAGCAGAACCUGGAACAGCAGCAGCAGCACCAGCACCAGCAACACCAGCAGCAGCAGCAGCAGCAGCAGCAGCAGCAGCACCAGCAGCAGCAGCAGCACCAGCAGCAGCACCAGCAGCAGCAGCAGGAGCAGCAGAUGAUGGAUUUGGCUUGAGUGUUUCUCUGCUGUCUGUUUACCCUAAUGCUGUUUUAUCGCUUCUUCAUUUAACUUUAAAAGAACAAGCUAGCGACCCUCGAGGAGUUGAGGGUUUUGCUUUAUUUGCUGCUGCACCUGCUGUGCCGCUCGUGCUGCAGCUGCAGCAGCUAAGAAAAGAAAUACUCAAACCCCACAACUGGAAUAUCUUCGAAUAUUACCUCCAAGUACUCCUCAAGGCCCUUAACGACAGUCAAUUUCAAUAUCACGCAGAGACAAAUAUGCAGCUCUCUCGCGAUGUAGCGGAGGUGAUGGCGGAGUUACAGCGUGAUGAAGAGGGUUUAGCAGUCAUACGGCAGCAGCGAACUGAGUGGUUUCUCCUCUGGCGCAGAUGCAAACAACUCUGGGCAAAACACUGGAAUCAAGGUGCUGCUGCUGCUGCUGCUGCUGCUGCUGAUGCUUCUGCUGCUGAUGCUGCUGCUGCUGAUGCUUCUGCUGCUGAUGCUGCUGCUGCUGAUGCUUCUGCUGCUGAUGCUCCCGCUGCUGAUGUUGGUGCUGCUGAUGCUGCUACUGAUAUUGAUGCUGUUGAUGCUACUGAUGAUGGUGCUGUUGAUGCUGCUGCUGCUGGUGAUGCUGGUGCUGCUGCUGAUGCUGCUGCUGUUGAUGUUGGGUGCGCCUAUUGCAUGCGGUCGGACAACACUGCUCGCUUCUUGCGUCUGUUUAAUUCGGAGUAUGCGGGGCCUCCUCCUGCUGCUGCAGCUGAUGCUGCUGCUGCUGCUGCUGCUGGCGGCAGAGAGUUGCAGCAGCAGCAGCUGACUCCGUGGGAGAUCGAGCAGCAGCAGCAACAGCAGCUGCUGCUGCUGCUGCAGCAAGAAGCAGAAGAAGCGCGGAGGGAAAAGACAGCUCGGUUUAGGCAGGUAUUAGAACAGCGGCGGCAGCAAAAGCAGCAGCAGCAGCAACAGCAACAGCAACAGCAGCAACAGCAGCAGCAGCAACAGCAAGCUUGGUCGCUUUCAAAUGUGCUGGAAGCAGGAGUUGUAAGCAAAUGGCUGCUGCGGGCAGUGCUGUGGGGCCCCGUCGAGCAGCAGCAGCACAGCAGCAGUUUGCUGCUGAACGUGAAGGAAGCUCUAAGUGUUGCUGCUGCUGAUGGCAGCAGCACCGCAAUAGGUGGCGACCUGCAACAGCAGCAGCAGCAGCAGCGGCAGCAGCAGCAGCAAAGGCAGCAGCAGCAGAAGGGUGGAAGGAAAGGCAAACAGAAGCACCGCAACAUGAAAUCAAGUUCGGGUGCAGCAGCAGCAGCAGCAAAAGCAGCAGCAGCAGCAGAGUCUCCUGAUGCAGCAGCAGCAGAAGAAGCAACAACAGAAGCAACACUUGCAGAACACGAGACCCCACCGGAGACGCCAAGCGCAAGUGCAGCAGCAGAAGCAGCAACAACAGCAGGAACAGCAGCAGAAGAACCUACUGCAUCAGAUGCCCACGCAGCAGCAGCAGCAGCAGGCAGCAGCAGAAGCAGCAAAGACAGCAGCAACGAGGCGCCCUCGGCCACCAGCAGCAGCACGAGCUGCAGCAGCACCAGCAGCAACAGCCGCAACAGCAGCAACAGCAACAACAACAGGAGCAGCAGCAGCAACAGCAACAGCAGCAACAGCAACAGCAGCAACAGCAACACCAGCAGCAGCAGCAGCAGCAGCAAGACAGAGCCUUUUUCGAAGCCUGCAAAGAAAGAGACAGCAGCAGACAUUCUCUUCUCUGCACACCAGACUGUCUCUCCGUGCUGCACUAGCAGCAGCAGCAGCAGCAGCAGUCUCUGCUGCGGCAGCAGCAACAGCAGCAGCAGUCUGCACCAGCAGCAGUCUGCAGCAGCAGCAGUCCGCAGCAGCAGCAGUCUGCAGCAGCAGCAGUCUGCAGCAGCAUAA